AUGAGCAGCGUGUGGUCGAAUAACGUCACCAUUAAAUCUCCAUCGCUCAAAUCAUUUCCUAGGGGGAAGUUGCCUACCUCUCCCAUCACAUCCUUUCCAAAAGGCAGGUUUCCCUACUUAACCUCUCCCAUCGAAGAAUGCCUUCCCUACUUAACCUCUUCCCAUCUCACUCGCUUGAUAAUAUACAGCUGUCAUGAGUUGGUGUCAUUCCCAGAUCAAGAAUUGCCCAAUCUUACCGCUUUACAAAUAUUUCGUUGUAAGAAAUUGAGGUCUCUACCCGAUCAUAUGGACAGCCUUCGACAGUUAUCGAUCUGCAAUUGCCACCGUCUGGUGUCCUUUCCAGAGACUGAUCAAUUUACACAAUAUCAAGAGUAA